AUGGAAGCCACUUUUUUUCCUAAACGCAUCACUGCUUCGAAUUCAGUUGUCUUUGCCCUAGCUAGAGCCAAAAUGGCAAUGCAAACCUCUUCAUAUAAGCUUUGGUCAUUAAAGAGUUGCUCAUCCCUAAGGGAAACCACUUCAGUUAGCCUGUUAAAUUUAAGGAGUAGCUCUUCUGCUAGAGUUUUCUCUCUUAUGAACAUGACCCGCUACUCUACCUACUCCAAUGAUGAUUCUUGUCUCUCUGGGAAGAGGAGGUCUCGUGGACCAGUAAUGGCGGCCAAGAAGAGGUCUGAAGGGGCUAAGCAGGAUGAUGGGAAAUACAAGGACACAGUUGAUCUUCCAAAAACUGCCUUUGGCUUGCGAGCAAAUUCCACAGUUAGGGAACCUGAACUUCAGAAAAUAUGGGAUGACAACCAGGUUUUUAAAAGAGUUGUUGAGAGGAACAAUGGGGGCACUUUCGUUCUGCAUGAUGGACCUCCUUAUGCAAAUGGUGACUUACACAUGGGACAUGCUCUGAAUAAAAUUUUGAAGGACAUUAUUAAUCGUUAUAAGCUUCUUCAAAACUUUAGAGUUCAGUAUGUUCCAGGUUGGGAUUGCCAUGGCUUACCAAUUGAAUUAAAAGUGUUACAGUCACUAGACGAUGAUGCUAGAAAGGAGCUUACACCUCUAAAAUUGAGAAACAAGGCAGCCAAAUUUGCAAAAUCAACUGUGCAGAGUCAGAUGGCAUCAUUUAAGCGCUAUGGAGUAUGGGCUGACUGGGAUCAGCACUAUCUAACUCUUCACCCAGAAUAUGAAGCUGCACAGAUUGAAGUAUUUGGCCAGAUGGCUAUUCAAGGUUUUAUAUACAGAGGCAGGAAACCAGUUCAUUGGAGUCCCUCAUCUCGAACUGCACUUGCAGAGGCUGAACUAGAGUAUAAUGAGGAGCAUGUGUCAAAAAGCAUGUAUGCUAUUUUCAGACUAGUUGGUGUACCAGCUUCAUGUGACUCAUUGAAAGAAUUCUUGCCCAAUCUAUGCUUGGCAAUUUGGACAACAACUCCUUGGACAAUACCAGCUAAUGCUGCUGUAGCGGUAAAUAAUAAGCUUCAAUAUGCCGUUGUUGAAGUUUCCUCAGCCUCUGUAGACGGUUCUACAUCUUCUGGUGAUGGAAAGAAGAGGUUUGGAAAUUUCAUGAAGGGCGAUAAAAGCCUACAUCUUAUUGUAGCUCUGGACCUUGUAUCAACAUUAGAAUCAAAAUGGGGUUUGAAGCUUACCUUGAAGAAAACAGUACUGGGUUCAGAUCUUGAAAAUUGCAGGUACACCCAUCCUAUAGAUAGCCGGGAAUGCCCCGUUGUCGUUGGUGGUGAUUACAUUACAACAGAGUCAGGAACUGGAUUAGUUCAUACCGCACCUGGUCAUGGACAAGAAGAUUAUGUAACCGGCUUGAAAUACGGUUUGCCUUUAGUUUCCCCUGUUGACGAUGAUGGGAAAUUUACAGAAGAAGCUGGACUAUUUAGGGAGCUUGAUGUGCUUGGCAAUGGCAAUGUUGCUGUUAUUGAUUACUUGGAUGAACACCUGUCAUUGGUCAUGGUAGAGCCAUACAAACACAAAUAUCCUUAUGACUGGAGAACAAAGAAGCCCACUAUAUUCAGGGCUACUGAACAAUGGUUUGCAUCAGUGGAAGGAUUUCGUGAUGCUGCAAUGGAUGCAAUCAACCAAGUAACAUGGAUUCCAUCUCAGGCAGUAAACCGUAUUUCUGCUAUGACAUCUGGCCGCUCUGAUUGGUGUAUAUCACGCCAAAGGACAUGGGGAGUCCCCAUUCCAGUUUUUUACCACGUUGAAUCAAAAGAGCCACUGAUGAAUGAAGAGACUAUCGAUCAUAUCAAAUCUAUAAUUUCCCAAAAAGGAAGUGAUGCAUGGUGGUACAUGGCAGUGGAGGAAUUACUUCCUGAGAAAUAUCGCGAUAAAGCAUCAAACUAUGAAAAAGGGACUGAUACGAUGGAUGUCUGGUUUGACUCAGGUUCCUCGUGGGCUGCGGUGCUGGACAAAAGAGAAAGCCUUAAUUACCCUGCAGAUUUGUAUCUCGAGGGGACAGAUCAGCAUCGUGGUUGGUUCCAGAGUUCCUUAUUAACAAGUAUUGCUACAAAAGGCCAGGCCCCUUAUCACGGUGUUAUUACACAUGGAUUUGUACUGGAUGAGAGGGGGUUGAAAAUGAGCAAAUCUUUGGGAAAUGUUGUUGAUCCAAGGAUGGUGAUUGAGGGAGGGAAAAACCAAAAGGAAAACCCUCCAUAUAGUGCUGAUGUCUUAAGGCUUUGGGUUUCAAGUGUAGACUAUACUGGCGACAUGCUAAUUGGACCUCAAGUCCUUCGUCAAAUGUCUGACAUAUACCGGAAAUUGCGAGGAACACUCCGAUUCCUUCUAGCAAAUCUCCAUGAUUGGAAAGCUGAUUAUACAGUCCCGUAUAGUGAUCUUCCGAUGAUUGAUCAGCAUGCAUUAUUCCAGCUUGCUAAUGUUGUGAACAACAUUAGAGAGAGCUAUGAUAGUUAUCAGUUUUUCAAAAUAUUUCAGGUGAUUCAGCGGUUUGUGAUAGUUGACCUCUCAAACUUCUAUCUUGAUGUCGCUAAGGAUCGGCUUUAUGUUGGGGGGAGUGCAAGUUUUACAAGGAGGAGUUGUCAAACAGUCCUUGAAGCCCAUUUGCUUUCAAUAGGAAGGAUAAUUGCUCCCAUCUUACCCCAUUUGGCUGAGGAUAUGUGGCAGCAUCUUCCUUUUCAGUAUACUGCUGAAGAUGGGCAUGUUGCUAAAUUUGUUUUUGAGUCAAGAUGGCCUGAACUAGAUGCAGAAUACCUUUCCUUUCCAGAGGAAGAAGUUGACUUUUGGGGGAAAAUUCUUGAGCUUAGGACGGAAGUUAACAAAGCAUUAGAAGUAGCUCGAAGUGGAAAAUUGAUUGGUUCCAGUUUAGAGGCCAAGGUGUAUCUCCAUUGUUCUAAUGAAAGACUGGCUGAGAGACUAAACAACAUGUGCGAACCUACAAAUGAGGCAGAUGCUUUACAUCGCAUAUUCAUAACAUCUCAGGUGGAGAUUCUCAACUCCUUGCAAGAUGAAAGGAUUAAAGAUGUUCAGUACACUGGAGAAUACCUCAUGGAAGAAGGGGACAAGAUCUGGGUUGGUGUAUCUCGUGCAAAUGGCUCGAAAUGUGACAGAUGCUGGAAUUAUUCACCUCAAGUAGGUUCUUUUACUGAGCAUCCUUUGCUAUGUGGCCGCUGUCACAACGUGGUUAUGAGUCUACAAACUCGUGAUCUUGAUGAUUUAUCCAAGGUCACACAGAGUGAAGCAAAGGAGGCUAUAGCACAAUGAGAAAGAAAAACAGAGAUAUAUUUUUUUUUUACAAGUUAGAACAGUAUUUUUGUACAUGCAUUGAUGAAUAGAAAGAUAGUGAUUUAACUGGUAUUGUGAUGUUUUUCGUGAUCGAUUUGAUUCAGACCUUAUUUAAUAAAUCCAACAGUAUAUUACAGGAUUAUUUUUAGA